CAGUCAUGGCCGCCACGUCGGGCUCAGCACGCCUGCAGCGCUGCAUGGUUUCGCCGGCUGGGAGGCACAGCGCCUCGCUGAUCUUCCUGCAUGGCUCAGGUGAUUCUGGACAAGGAUUGAGAACGUGGAUCAAGCAAGUUUUAAAUCAAGAUUUAGCAUUCCAGCACAUAAAAGUUAUCUAUCCAACAGCUCCUCCCAGGCCAUAUACUCCUUUGAAAGGAGGAAUCUCCAAUGUAUGGUUUGACAGACUUAAAAUAUCAAAUGACUGCCCAGAGCACCUUGAAUCAAUUGAUGUAAUGUGUCAGGUGCUUACAGAUUUGAUUGAUGAUGAAGUAAAAACUGGCAUCAAGAAGAACAGAAUAUUAGUAGGAGGAUUUUCUAUGGGAGGGUGCAUGGCAAUGCAUUUAGCAUAUAGAAAUCAUCAAGAUGUGGCAGGAGUAUUUGCUCUUUCUAGUUUUCUGAAUAAAACAUCUGCUGUUUACCAGGCUCUUCAGAAAAGUGACGGUGUCCUUCCUGAAUUAUUUCAGUGUCAUGGUACUGCAGAUGAGUUAGUUCUUUAUCCUUGGGGUGAAGAGACAAAUUCAAUGUUAAAAUCUCUGGGAGUGAGCACAAAGUUUCAUAGUUUUCCAGGUGUUUACCAUGAGUUAAGUAAAGCGGAACUAGAGAAACUAAAGUCAUGGAUUCUUACAAAGCUACCGGACUAAGUCAAGAUUGAUGAGUUAAUAUACAAGUAAUGUCUUUAUGAACAGUGUUUUUUACUGUCUAGUUCUGAUUUGAUGAAUACUUAUUAAAAUAUUAAGAAAUAUCAACAGUUUACUGACUUACUUGUUUUUGACAUACUGAGCACCAUAGGGAGUAGUGUGAUCUUAUUAAUGGUAAACAUUAAUUUGGGCAAACAUCUCUGUAUUAUUUGUCAAAUUCUUUUUAAAUAUUUGGAGGCCUUGUAAAUAAUUGAAUAUUGAAAUUUUACAAUAAUUAAACUAGCUUAACAGCAGUGAGAAAUCAUGAAAAGAUUUUAGCAUGGUAUUAUUUUCAUUAUCAUUUUCUUUAAAUUGCCUUUUUAAAAAUAUGUUUAUGUAUGUAUUCACAUUUAUUUUAUUUUUGAAAGAAUAAAAUUAGUGCGUGUAUGCUCAG